AUCCCCAAAGCUGCUCAACUUUGACCACGAAGAACCCCACAAGGACAAGACCCAUAGACUUUAGUUAAUAUAAUUAUGAUUAUUUUAUUUACUCUCUCAAAUAAAGCUCUCUCUUCCCAUUAUACAAACCAAGGAUCAAGUCAAUGGCAAGCCAGAUGAACCAAUUAUUCUGCAGUGGAUUAGAGGUUGCUAAUUUCGUGGUCAGCUCUGGGUUGCUCAAACUUUCAUGGGCUAAAAUCUUAGACUGUUAUGGUGGAUUCAAUCUAAAUGAGCUCCAAAAUUUGGGGUUAUCAAUAAAAUGGAAAGCUUAUCAACAAGCUAAUAUUAACAUCCUUGUUUUCACCACAUCUCCUAUUUGUACCAAAUCUCAUCUUCAAGAUUCAAAACAACUGGUUUCUUCCACAGCUUUUAAGGAGAGUUUUCCAGUCUUUGAAUUCCUCUGCAACAAUGGCAACUCUUUCUCUAUUCAUAAAGCUGCAAUUGCUCUCUUUGCUGAUCACUUUCAUGAGCUCUUGCAAUUGAAAGCUGAGUGUGGAAGGAAUUCCAAUAGCUUAAUUGUAACUGGACAUUCUUUAGGAGGAUCAGUUGCUUCACUCUUCACCUUAUGGCUGCUCGAAAGCCUCGAUAUAUCGUUGGCUAAACGACCCCUUUGUCUCACGUUCGGCUCACCGCUCGUCGGUGAUAAAGGGUUUCAACAAGCCAUUUCACAACAUCCUGCAUGGAAUUCUUGUUUCCUCCAUGUUGCUGCAACAAGCAAAGAUUCCAUUCCAAGACUUUUCAUUGCUCCCCGUGAUCUUAACUCCAUGGAUUUAGAUUCAAAAUCUGAUGAUUAUAAGCCUUUUGGUACCUUUCUUUUAUGUUGUGAAGAUGGAUGUACUUGGUCUGAGAACCCUGAAGCUGUCUCUGAGCUACUAAUGGCAGUAGAAACGGAAGAUGCCGGUAAUGAAGAAUGGACAAUUAAUGUUUACAGCAGGAUUAUUGAACAACUCGAGUCGAUGAUAGUCCGGAAAGGUAUCUCACAGGUUAAUGAAUCAAUUCUGAAUUCACUUCGAGCUGGAACAACUUUGCAAACAGAAGCAAUUAGAAUCCGAAAUGAACAGCUGUUGAUCAAGAAACUGGAGGAAUUGGAAGAGAUAUGUCUGUUCAACAAGGGAAAAGCAUUUGACCCUGCAAAGAAAUUAAAUGUCAUAAAAAUAAAAAUGGCUGAACUAGAAUGGUAUAAGAAGGUUGCUAAGGCUAAUGAAACAGGUUACUAUGAUUGUUACAAGAAGCAACUCAGUCGGCGGGAUCGCGAUGUCAUCAAGCACAAGAAGUUCCUCACAAACUACUGGAAAGAAGUCGUUGCACAAAAUGAGAGGAAACCUCAGAAACAACUGGUUUACCUCCGAUCACGGUGGUUGUAUGCUGGUACGACCUAUCGGAGAAUGGUUGAGCCACUUGACAUAGCUGACUACUACAGAGAUAAUGGAAGCAACUAUGUGACUACUGGCAGAUCACAUCAUUAUAUCAAGUUACAGCAAUGGCUUGAAGAAGACGAGAAACAAAGCAGAUUUCGGAUCGAUACCAAGAAACAAAAUGUGGAUGUUAUUCUAACAGAUGAUUCUUGCUUUUGGGCUCAUGUCGAAGAAGCCCGGCUAUGGUGCAAAUCAUUGAAGACAGCUGAUGUUGGUAUGAUCUCAGAGAGGGUGUGUUUGAGGCAGAAACUGAUGGAAUUUGAGGUUUAUGUUAUGGAACAAAUCAAGAAAUAUGCAGUGUCCUCUGAAAUUUUCUUGAAAGGUAGCAGUUUUAUGCAAUGGUGGAAAGAGUAUGAGAUGCUUAUUGAGCCUCACCAUAAUUCACCAUUGACAGAUUUCAUUAGGAACUGUAAAUUUCAGCAGUAUGCUAGUGGGUGUUUGGUACUCAAUUAAGUUAUACCAGUAAAGAUGGUAAUAACUUCGCAAAUACCACAAUGCAUUGCAGUGAAUAAUCCAAAAUGUAAUUACUCUUUUCACUUUGAUUUUAGUAAAUUUCUGAUUUCGGAGUGAAGUAUAGUACAUUUACCUAAUUUUGCAUCA